AUGUUCCGCUUUCAACAGACUGCUAGAGCCUCCAUUCGCUCUUUAACUCACUCGGCAGCAUUGGCUACCCAGAAACCGUCCACUCUUUUACGGUCAUUCUCCGCUGUAAGCAAUGCUCUCGAGCCUCCGGUGCUUGUCAACAAAGUGCUCGGUGUCCGAGAAUUGGUGCUCAACCGUCCUCAGCGUCUUAAUGCUCUCAAUGGUGACAUGAUGAAGAUUAUUAGCUCAAAAAUCAAGAGUUGGGAAGAUUCCGAACUGGCCAAUAUUGUGGUUGUCAAAGGAGCCGGUCGCGCCGUUUCUGCUGGUGCCGAUAUCAGAGAUGUGGUGGAACACCUGAAGAAGGGGAACGAUCAGGCCAUGUUCUAUGCUCUGAAACUGGAGUAUGAAUAUCUUCAUCAGAUCGCUACGAUGAAGACCCCCUUUGUGGCACUCAUGGAUGGUAUUACCAUGGGUGCCGGAGGAGGUUUAUGCGCGCAUGGUGCUUUCAGAGUAGCUACCGAGAACACGGUCUUUGCCAUGCCUGAAACUGCCAUUGGCUACUUUCCCGAUGUCGGUUCCAGCUUUUUCCUCUCUCGUCUCGAUGGUCAUUUGGGAACUUACCUUGCAUUGACCGGUGAAUCCAUCAAGGCGGAAGAUGUCUUGUUUUCGGGCAUUGCGACCCAUUUUGUGCCUUCCUCCCGUUUGGAAGCCCUGGAAGCUCGUUUCGCUGAACUCGACAAUGCAGAUAACGAGAUGGUCAAUAAUAUCAUUGAAGAAUUCGCUGCUGAAUACGAUCCCAACGUCCGCAACACCUUGAGCGGUGAGGUUCGCAAGACAAUCGACAGAUGCUUCAAGGAACAUUCUGUGGAAGACAUCUUGGCUGCUUUGGAAAAGGAUGGUUCGGAAUUUGCUUUGAAGACCCGAGAAACCUUGUUGAAGCGUUCCCCCUUGGCUCUCAAGGUCACUUUGGAACAAAUGCGCACCGGAGCCAAUCUGGGCAUUGCUCAGUGUCUUAAAAUGGAAUACAAGUUGAUGCAACAAAUGACCAAAGAGCAUGAUUUUACUGAAGGAGUCACUGCGCGUCUGAUCACGCGCACCGAGCCAAAGUGGAAUCCCAGUCGUUUAAGUGACAUUACGGACGCCAGUGUCAAAGCCCGAUUUUUCGAUAAAGCGCCUGCUAUGACCCUUUCCUUCCGAUCGAACCAGAACUUUAUGAUGUCGCCUUCGCGCAAAUACGCUUUACCCUCGGAGGAAGACAUCCGUCGCAUUGUCACGGCCGAAGUGCCUUUCAGUGGCCAGUUGACAGCAUCGGCUAUCGAAGACUACUUUGUGUUUGAACGCAAGGGUAAAUUCGGCGUGCGCGAAAAGGUACGCGAAGUACUGAGCCGCAAAACUGCCCUUGUCAACAAGAGAAACCAAGAACAGUUAGAAUGGAUCUACAAUCAUUAG